AGAGUGUCGUCAGUUAAAACCUACAGACCCGGGAGAACAACAGCACCAUUCAGUUACAGAAUUCAGGUCUUCGGGGUGGGGAAAAACAGCAAGUGAAGAGGCAGGGAGAAGAGUGGACAUUAAUACAGAUCUGAAUCGCGCAAUGGCUUUUUCUUCGAAGUGGCUUUUGCUUUAUUUAUCACUAGUCUGUUUCUUCAAGUGGACAGCUAUUUCAGCUUUUAACCUUGACACGGCAAGCGUUUUCAGGAAGAACGGAGAGCCCGGCAGCUUCUUUGGAUUUUCUCUCGCCAUGCACAGGCAACUAAAUCCCACUGAUCAAAGAAUAUUGCUUGUUGGAGCACCUAAAGCAAAAUCUUUAUCCAAUCAAAAGGCCAACAUAACUGGUGGUUUGUACAGCUGUCAACUUAACACACAACAAGAUGAUUGUAAGCGUGUCAUGUUUGACAAUGACGCUAACCCACUAGAAGAGAACAAGGAAAACCAGUGGAUGGGUGUGACAGUACAAAGUCAGGGACCAGGUGGAAAGAUUGUGACUUGUGCACAUCGGUACGAGAAGCGGCAGUUUGUAAAUACACCACAAGAAUCCAGAGACAUCAUUGGCCGCUGCUAUGUCCUGAGUGAAGACCUGACCAUUCAGGAUGAGAUGGACGGGGGCGGCUGGAAGUUCUGUGAUGGUCGAUUGCGGGGGCAUGAGAGGUUUGGCUCUUGUCAGCAGGGUCUAUCAGCAACUUUCACAAAGGACUAUCAUUAUAUUAUUUUUGGAGCACCAGGCACCUACAACUGGAAAGGGGUUGUGCGAGUAGAGCAAAAGAACAACACUCUUGUGGAUUUAGGAAUCUUGGAAGAUGGUCCCUAUGAAGUUGGGGAUGAGACCCGUUUUGAUGAAAACCUAGUGCCUGUGCCAGCUAACAGUUACCUAGGAUUUUCAUUGGACUCUGGGACAGGCAUCACUAAUAAAGAAAGCAUAACAUUUGUGUCUGGCGCACCAAGAGCCAAUCACAGUGGAGCAGUGGUGUUUCUGAAGAAAGAUGGGCAGUUCUCCAGAAGUCUUAGUCCAGAGUACAUUCUUGAAGGCGAGGGACUUGCUUCUUCUUUCGGAUAUGAUGUGGCUGUAGUUGACCUCAACAGUGAUGGAUGGAAAGAUAUUGUUGUUGGAGCGCCUCAGUUUUUUGUCCGUGAUGGAGAGAUCGGUGGAGCAGUUUAUGUCUACAUCAAUAACGCUGGAAAAUGGGAGGACGUCAAACCGACCCGUCUGAAUGGUACCAAAGACUCAAUGUUUGGACUAGCUGUUGAAAACAUUGGGGACAUUAAUCAGGAUGGAUUUGAAGAUAUUGCAGUUGGCGCACCUUAUGAUGGUGUAUCAGGAAAGGUGUUCAUUUACCAUGGAUCCAAAAGUGGAAUUAACACCAAGCCAGCACAGAUUCUUGAUGGCCAGGACUUUGGUAUUAAGUUUUUUGGAUACUCGUUGGCUGGGAAUAUGGAUCUUGAUGGGAAUUCUUAUCCUGAUAUUGCUGUUGGAUCACUAUCGGAUGCUCUGUUUGUUUUCAGGGCAAAGCCAGUCAUAAGCAUCAAGAAAACAAUUAAAACAACUCCUGCCAGAAUCGACCUUGAAAACAAAAAUUGCCUUGAUGGAAAAAGUAUUUGUAUGUCUGUUGAAGCAUGCUUUGAGUACACUGCCAACCCCAGUGACUACAGCCCUCGACUAACUAUUGCAUACACAUUUGAAGCUGAAUCUGAGAGGAAAAAAAUUAACCUGCCGUCAAGAGUAACAUUUUUAGAUAAUGCACCAGGAGACCCAGACUAUCAGCAUACAGGAUCUGUGGAUCUGAGGGGACAAAAUAAGGAAAAAUGUGUCAAAGCUGAACUUAAGCUGCAGGAUAACAUCAAAGACAAACUGCGUGCUAUUCCCAUAACAGUUGCUGUCGAAAUAAAACAGGCAAGACGCAAGAAAAGACAAGCUGGCAAACUCUUGCCUCUUGUCCCUGUCCUAAACUCUAAUGAUCCCAGCACUGCACGAUCAGAGGUAAACUUUCUGAAAGAAGGCUGUGGCUCCGAUAAUAUCUGUCAGAGCAAAUUGAAGCUAGAGUACAAGUUUUGUUCCAGAGAUGACAAUGACAACUUUACUCCACUAAAUCUGGAGGAUGGUUUGCCAGUGAUAUCUCUGAGUCAACAGAAAGACAUUGCCCUUGAAAUAACUGUGACCAAUGUGGCUGGGGAUGAUGCACAUGAAGCCAAACUCAUAGCGCUGUUCCCCGACACCCUAUCCUACUCUGCUUUCCGCCAUAGUUCAGACAAGCAGCUCAUAUGCAGUGCCAAUCAGAAUGGGUCUCGGGCUGACUGCGAACUGGGAAACCCCUUCAAGAGAGAUUCUAAAGUUACUUUCUACCUGAUCUUAAGUACAACUGGUGUUAAUCUUGAUACUACAGAUAUUGCAAUUGAUCUAAAACUUGACACGACAAGUGACCAGAAGGAUUUGGCUCCAGUCACAGCAAGGGCUCGAGUCGUUAUUGAACUUCUUCUAUCUGUGUCGGGUGUGGCUAAGCCUUCCCAGGUCUACUUUGGAGGUUCUGUGAAGGGAGAGGCUGCCAUGAAGAUGGAAGAUGAAGUUGGAAGUUUAGUUGAAUAUGAAUUCAGAGUUAUUAACUUGGGGAAACCACUGAAAUCGUUAGGUGCUGCCUAUCUAGACAUUCAGUGGCCAAAGGAGAUCAGCAAUGGCAAAUGGUUACUGUAUUUGAUGAAGAUCGAGACCAAGGGUCUGGAAAAAGUAGCCUGCACCCCUACAAAUGAAAUAAACCCAAGAAGAUUGCUGGAUUCUCUAAGUUCCUCAAGGAAAAAACGCGACACUGGAGGAAAGCAGACCGAAGAAAAAGUGUCCCUCUUAUCAGACAAAAGAAAAUACCUCACUCUGGAUUGUGGGAAGAAUGUUAACUGUGUGAACAUCAGGUGCCCCCUACAGGGAUUAGACAGCAAUGCGUUUGUGGUGUUGCGAUCAAGACUGUGGAACAGCACGCUCCUGGAGGAAUAUUCAAAACUGAACUAUCUUGAUAUUAUUGUUAAAGCAAGUAUCAACAUUAUUGGCUUGACGAAUAUGGUCCUUAAAAAUGCGGACACUCAGGUUCGAGUGACAGUCUUUCCAGAGAAAACUGUGGCGCAGUACACUGGAGUUCCCUGGUGGAUCAUACUUGUUGCGAUUCUUGCUGGGAUCCUGAUGUUGGCACUGCUGGUGUUUUUAUUGUGGAAGUGUGGUUUCUUCAAGAGAGCUAAGAAAGACCAUUAUGAUGCCGCUUAUCACAAGGCUGAGAUCCAUGUCCAGCCAUCUGACAAAGAAAGACUUACUACUGAUGCAUAGUGCUCAUCUUCUACAUACAUUGAUUUGUGUGGAUUUUUCAAACGGUCCAAAUAUGCUGACAGUGUUCCAAGUUACAAUGCUGUGCGAAUUCGAAAAGAGGAGCGUCAAUUUAAAGAUGGAAAAUCAAAAGAUAAAUAUGAGAAAAAGCAAUGGAAGACCACCUGGAAUGAAAACGAAAGCUAUUCUUGAAGCAACUUCCUGUUUGUUGGUUUUAAUAGUGCUGUGGGAAAUGUAAGCUUGAAUUGGGUCGCCUCUCUACUUUCACCACAGUGAGAACUGCAUUCCCUAGAACCAACGUUCUUUCCUUUGCACAGGGUGAAUAUGUAUUAAACUGUUGAAGUGCUAUUUCAGUACUUUCAAAUUGCCCUUGCUUUCCAGCUUGUUUAGAUGUUUUACAGGCCUUUUAAACUUUCUUUAUAAAAAAAACAGAACACAUGGCAGCCAUACUAGUCCCCAUCUCAGUACAGGGUUAUGGGAUCUUUGAAGUUAUACCUUUUGUAACCUACUUUUAACAAUUAUGUACAUUUCAAUCCAAGAUGUGGUCCUUUUUAAACUGCAAUAGCUGAGUAUGUCAUGUGGUGCUCCAGACUGAUCUCCCUUCUGUGUGUGGAUAUUCUCAGCUGUAGCGCCAGGCCAGAACCUUGCUUCGUUUUUUUUUUUUUUUUGUCUGUGUGUUAACUGUAAUGGUUUUUAACCUCUCUAUUCCCAUUGAUGCUUUACAGUUGUGUUUAUAUCUAUAUGCAUAUAUAGACUGGAACAUAAUUUUUAAUUUUUUUGUAUAUAUUUAAAUAUUUUUAGUACACACUGGUAUUUAUUUUGUCAAAACUGUUCUUUAGACAAACAUAGGCAAAAUAAUCCUGCUCUUGCAUUAAUCUCUGAACUGAACUGUCUUUGGAGAGAAGUUAAUCUCACACACACAUGCUGGGUUGGGAAACUAACAGCAAUGACGACUUGUCUUACAUUGUACAUUUGUAUAAUAUACAGUAGUUUGAACUAAUGUGUUUCUGUAUCAGCUUUUAUUUGAUGACUUCUAAAACUCAGCAGGAUUUUUGCAGUGAACUGUGCUAUGAAUAAUGUUUAUUUUUAUUUAUUUUUUGUCCCCCGGUUAGUUUUACAUACAGAACUUGAAACGGUACUUCUUGGAAACCCAGAGCCAGUUCACGCUAGAUUGAUAAUCCUGCUAGGCUGUCCACCUUAGUUCUCUGUGUCAUGGUGGUUUAAACUCCUGGUAACACAGUGCUCAGGAUUGACUUGCUGAGACCCACUGCAAUGAGCCUGGUGGUGUGAUAUUAAUGGAAUAGGAUGUGCCGAGUCUCGCUACAUGAUUUCUUUAUUUUUAAUUGCUUUGUAAGUAAUACAUUUACUUCAGCUUCUUGUGAUUUAAAAUAUAUAAUUUAAGAGACACUUGGGGAGUUUUACUGUACUUAUAAUUAAUUUGUUUGGUUUACACAGUGAUUUUAUGAUGUAUAGGGUCAUUUUUCACCAUCAGCUUUAACAUAAUACUGCAUGAAGCAAAAUCAUAAAUCUUUGUAUUAUGCUACACAAAAACAUGCAAUUUAACAAGGAAAGUGCUUUUAAGGUAAUCGUGGAGAUGCAUAGUUGAGAAUCCCCUUUGGACCCCCGUGUGACUGGCAAACGCAGAUUACUUUUGUUCCAUACCAAAUUGGUUAUGUACUGUUCAGGCUCCUGACCAGAUUCAUUUUUAGGAUUUAAGAGCAAAUACAAAGGGAAAGCAUCCUGGAAAAUAGUGACCACCUGUUCUGAACUAUUAUCUAGCUCAAGUACUGUGUCCCUGUCUGAUACACUGAAAUAUACAGUACAUAGAGGUUCAGCAUUGCCUCUGUUAAUAUGUUUUAAAAAAAAGAAAUACAAUUCACCUUUGUUGUGUAAAAAAAAAGUGUUUUUAAUGUUUAAUUAUCAAGUCUCAUCACUGGCUUGUUCAUAUUCUUACUCAAAUGCCUAGUAUUUGAAAGUUUUUACCUGUGGAUUUUUGAUAAAUAAUAAAAACCAAAAAAAACCCUA